GGUAAAUUUGACCUAACCCAGAUUAUAACUGCAGAACGAGCGGAAAUUUACACCUGUAUUCUGAGGACACGUUUAUGUACUUUCAAUACAAGCAAUGGGCGAAGAAGCACCGAACUAGACACUGUUCCUGCGACCUCAACCUCAACCUUAGGAGUUUUGAAAAUGGCAGACGUUAAACAGGACCCACCGCGAACUAUUGACAGUAUCCUAGAACUACUUGGCAGUCUGGGACGCUAUCAGCUGUUUCAAGCUCUUCUACUUGCUAUUGGAAAUAUGUCAGUUUGCUUCCAUCUCCUCAACUUCGUAUUCAUCGCUCAGACCGUGAAACAACAGUGUGAAGUGACGCCGCUUUAUGGCAACAACACCAACACUAACUACGGCACCUGUGACGUGUCAGUACAAAACACCACCACCAACGUCACCUCAACACAUACUUGUAGUGCCUGGACAUAUGAUGUGCAGAAAGAUCAUUCCAUUGUGUCGGAGUGGGAUCUUGUGUGUGGGGAUGUUUUCUUCGCCCGCCUCCCACAGUCUCUCUUCAUCGUGGGGCAGGGAAUUGGCGCAGCAACUGUCUCGGUGAUGUCGGACAAAUUUGGGAGGAAACCGUUCCUGGUUGUGUCACAUUUAUUAACAACCGGCGCCGGUCUUGCUUUAGCCUUCUCCCCGAAUAUCGCAGCCUUUUCUGCUCUGAGAUUGUUGAAUGGCAUUUUUCAACAGGGCAUUGUUGUGUGCACAUACACUAUGCUAAUGGAGACGUUCCCAAGAAACAGACGUAUUGAACUGUCCGCAUUCUAUACCUUAUCGUGGAGUAUCUCAACGGUACUCCUCACAGGGACGGCCUACUUGCUACGUGAUAUGGACUGGAGAACUUUGCAACUCUGUUUCGUUUCAGUGUCCAUUAAUGUCCUCCUACAGAUCUUCUUUUUGGGGGAGUCCCUGAGAUGGUUGAUCACGAACAAGAAGGCCAAAAGAGCCAUAGCGUUGUUCAAGAGGGCAGCGAAGAUGAACAGCGUUGACGUUACAAACAUUCAACUUCCCGGUAUCGACACGAAGAAAGAAUCUGUUGAACUGAGCAGCACCAAAGGAAAAUAUGUGGAAACGCCAUCAGAAAACACAGAACACGUGCAAUACAGCUGCCUUGACUUGGUGCGGACCAAGUUUAUGUUGAAGAUAUGUGCUGUCGUGUGGUUCUCCUGGUUGGUUGACAGCUUGACGUACUUCAGCCUCUAUCUGACAUCUGCCUCCCUGAGUGAAGACCCAUAUCUGAACUUCUUCCUCAACUCACUGGCUGAAAUACCAGCAGGUCCCCUCAACUGGUUUGUCGGAAGAAGGUGGGGAAGGAGAUUUUUCUUCAUGUUCUUCCACGUACUUGCCGGUGUAUGUCUUCUUCUGGCUACAACAGUUCGGGCAUUAGUGGUUGGACAAGCAGCAUCAGUAACGGCCACAGCCUUGGCCUUCGUGGGGAAAAUUGGUAACAGUGCCUGUUUCAAUGCUAUGUUUGUGUAUGCGCCCGAGAUCUAUCCGACAAAUCUCAGAUCGGCCGGUAUGGGUGCUGGUUCCACGGCUGCUAGGGUUGGAGGGAUGAUCGCGCCUUUUAUAUCCAUUCUUGCAGCCGUUGCACCAUGGGCUCCAGGAACUAUAUUCGGGGUAGCCUGUUUGAUAACAGCCGCGCUCAAUUAUUUUCUCCCUGAACCAGAGGGGCGAGAACUGCCGCAGACAAUAGAGGACGUCAAGGCAUGGGAUAAAGCGCCUGCAAGAGGUUAACACUGCCCCAAUGAAACCAAGCUGUACCCCUUCGAACAAUAAUUAGAUCAAGAUAUAUCACAGGUUCGGACAACUCAAAAACUCUUUCAAAGGAUCGUCAACAUGAACAGUCCUCAGAAAAUAGGCAUGCUACUUAAUUCGAGCUUACGGUUAUGUUAUGCAAUUAUUGUUUUCCAUAUCCAUAUUCAGUAAAAUGUGUGUAAAGACAGUCAAACAGACAUGUAUACCUAAACCAACCCACAGGUAUUGAAGUAAAACCGUCAUUUCUACGUCACUAGUAGGAAAGAUGUUAUAUUCCUGCUCUUGGAAAAGACAUCGAACUGAUAACAAAUAAACAGGUCAUCUAGACGCGAAGAUUGUUGACAAAAGUAAUCAAAAGGACCUAAAAUUAUUUCGGAUGAAAUUGAUGGGAAGACAUACGAUUAAAAACAAUGCUCACUCGGACUCUUCCUCACCCAUACACUUACUAGAUAUAGGCAACACACUAUGUUGAACAAUCAGUGCUCAUACAAUUAUAAUGUUGACAAAGAUAAAAUUAAGAAAAUUAAAUAUUAAUUCAACGCUCUUCAAAGAUUAUAAUAUGAAAAAUCUUUAGACUUAGAUGCGAGAAAAUAGGCAUGAUACGUACUUCGAAGUUAUUAUGUUAUGCAUUUUUUUGCCAUUUUCAUUGUUAAUAUUAAAUGUGUAAAGACAUCGACAGUCAAAUAAAGAUGCAUACCUGAACCGACCUACAU